GAAGAAGAAGGAGGAGAAGAAGGAGACAGCAGCCGCUGGCGCAGAGAAACAGAGAGAAGACCAGCAAAAAGAAGAAAAACUCCCACUGGUGAGGUCUCUUCUUCUUCCGGCUCCUCUACCUACCUACCUGACCUGACCUGAGCUCGCCCCUCCAGUCUCACUCGGCCUCACCCAGCAGCCUUGCACCAAGCCCAGGCCUCAAGUCGACCAGACUCCCUCCCCUCUCCUCCCGGCGUCUUCUAAUUAGUUUUAAAACACUUGCACUAUGACAGGGAGAGGCGGACCAGCACGGACCAACGGCACCGCGGCCAGCAACAAGAUCUGCCAGUUCAAGCUAGUGCUGUUGGGGGAAUCCGCGGUGGGGAAGUCCAGCCUGGUGCUCCGCUUCGUCAAAGGCCAGUUCCACGAGUACCAGGAGAGCACCAUCGGAGCUGCCUUCCUCACACAGACGGUAUGUUUGGAUGACACAACAGUCAAGUUUGAGAUCUGGGACACUGCGGGACAGGAGCGGUAUCACAGCUUGGCACCGAUGUACUACAGAGGAGCGCAGGCUGCCAUCGUGGUCUACGACAUCACCAACACAGAUACAUUCACAAGGGCAAAGAACUGGGUGAAGGAGCUCCAGCGACAAGCUAGCCCCAACAUUGUUAUCGCACUGGCAGGGAACAAAGCAGAUCUGGCCAACAAGAGGGCUGUCGAUUUCCAGGAAGCACAAGCAUAUGCAGAUGACAACAGUUUGCUCUUCAUGGAGACUUCAGCUAAGACGGCUAUGAAUGUCAAUGAGAUUUUUAUGGCUAUAGCCAAGAAGCUUCCUAAGAACGAGCCUCAGGGCGGAGCCGGCGUGACUGGACGAGCCCGAGGCGCCGUGGACCUGCAGGAAGCUGCGCCGCAGGGCAGUAGUGGCAAGUGCUGCGGUGGCGGGAACUAACCCGGCACAACGAGUUCCGCUGAUCCGACCAAUCUACAGCUCCGAUCAACCAGACCAGAUAUAUUAGCCAGCUGUCAAACAAAGUUCCACUGGUCAAACCAAACCAAACCAAGGUCCGACCAACUACCCCCAUCAGCACCAAUCAACUGUUUGUGGCAAACGAGUUCACUGGCGGUUUCCAAACCAACCAAACCCGGCAGAGCGAGAAAUCAACCCCACAGGCUUAUUUACAGAAUCAUGUUUUAAUGUUUCCCCAGUACUUGUCAAUCCAUGACCUCUCUAUUGACGAUGGACACUUAGGGGGAAGGAGAAGAGAAAAAAAACAACGCCCCACUCUUGGAAGAAGGAAAAAAAAAGAAAAAGUCAUUACCAAUGGCACUUAAUAAGGCCAUCUUGCUCACCUUUAUGUUUCUGUAUUUGUGUAGAGGGGGGAACAAAAAUUGACAGGAAGGAAUAUAAACCGGCUCAUUGGCUCUGUCCCCCCCCCCCCCCGCUUCCCCAUGCACCACACAUUUCUGUAAGUAUUUCCAUCAACACUGUUAAAACUCCGGUCCAGGUGCAUGCCGCAGUCCUUCACUUGUCUGUCUUCUUCCCUGGUCAAGCUUCCUGAAAAAGAUGGAAGAAGAGAAGACUCGCAACAGGAGAACGGGAAUGGACAGAUAAUUCCUUCUUGGUAGAGCUGUGUAGAAUGAAUUAUUAUUACAUUGUUAUAUUGUUAUCACUAUUAUUAUUAUUAUUACUAUGACUUCGACCUCUUUUUGACUGUUCAGUAUGAUUUUAAAGCCAAGGAGACUUUCAAGGUUUUACAAUCAUCCAGCUGUUAUCAAAGCAUACACAGUAAAUAGUACUUUAUUAACAUUCUCACCCAUUAGUAAAUUUUCUUUAGCAUGAACGUAACGUUUUUUGAAUCACCAGUGUACAAAUGACAAAUACAUGAAGUUUUCUCGACCAAAAUCACAACUGUGUAUUGAAAACAUAUCGCUGUAUUUGUAUCAGACUUUUCAAGUUUAUAAUCAAUCAGUAGUUAUUGUCAAAACAAUAUCUUCCCGAUCUCUACAUGAUGAUUUGUUGACCUUAAUUAUUUUAUUUUUUUUAUGUCUUAAUUUCUUUUCUUUCUGAAGAUCUAUGGUAUUAAAUGCACUGGUUCUGUCUCAUCA